CUUCCUCUGCAGACCUAGGAAGAGGCAGACUGCACACAGCCUGGUUCCUGGUCUCAGGCUCUGGUAACCUGGUGCACGGACAUUCUCUGUUCUUUACACUUCUGUGCUGACGAUGGAGACCAGUGAUCCAGUGGACUCAUGUGAACCGGACCAUGGACAUUGAAGCAUAUUUUGAAAGAAUUGGCUAUAAGAAUUCUAGGAACAAAUUGGACUUGGAAACAUUAACUGACAUUCUUCAGCACCAGAUCCGAGCUAUCCCCUUUGAGAACCUUAAUAUUCACUGUGGGGAAUCUAUGGAGUUGGACUUAGAGACCAUUUUUGAUCAAGUUGUGAGGAGGAAGCGGGGUGGGUGGUGCCUCCAGGUCAAUCAUCUUCUUUACUGGGCUCUGACCACGAUGGGUUUUCAGACCACUAUGUUGGGAGGAUACGUUUACAACACUCCGGCCAACAAAUACAGCAAUGGUAUGAUUCACCUUCUACUACAAGUGACCAUCAGUGGCAAGAACUAUAUUGCCGAUGCUGGGUUUGGACGCUCCUACCAGAUGUGGCAGCCUCUGGAAUUAAUUUCUGGGAAGGAUCAGCCUCAGGUGCCAUGCAUCUUCCGCUUGACAGAGGAGGAAGGCACCUGGUACCUGGACCAGAUCAGAAGAGAGCAGCACAUUCCAAACCAAGAAUUUCUCAAUUCCGACCUCCUAGAGAUGAAUAAAUACCGAAAAAUCUACUCCUUUACUCUUGAACCUCGAACAAUUGAAGAUUUUGAGUCUAUGAAUACAUUCCUUCAGACAUCCCCAGCCUCUGUGUUUACAAGCAAAUCAUUUUGUUCCUUGCAGACCCCAGAAGGGGUUCACUGUUUAGUGGGCUUCACCCUCACCUAUAGGAGAUUCACCUAUAAGGACGGUGUCGACCUGGUAGAGUUUAAGACUCUGAAAGAGGAAGAAGUGGAAGAAGUAUUGAGAACUAUAUUUCAUAUUUCUCUAGAGAGAAAACUAGUGCCCAAACAUGGUGAUCGAUAUUUUACUAUUUAGGAGAAGCAGCAAGUAUGGUCUUUAAUAACACAUCCUUACACUUUUUACUAUAUAAAAUUUCAAAUCUAUUCAAGAUUAUAGAGAAUAAAAUAAUCAACCUGCUUAUUGAUUUCUCAGAUUACCAACAAUGAACUGAUGACCUAUCAUAACCUUUGAGCCCCCACAUUAUUUUGAAGAAAACCCUACACAUCAUUUUAUUUCACCCAUAACAAUGUCAUCAUGUAUAACUAAAUGGCUUUUUUUUUUCAGGAACAUAACCACCCUCCUUUCAAAAUUAAUACUAAUAAAAGCAUUUUAAUAAUGA